AUGGCUCCUCCUAUCCCUAUUGACCAGAAGCUUGCCCUACAACAGUGGGCUAAUAGCCGGGUUCCUAAGCCUAGCUUGACUGAAUGCCGUAUCUGGUUUGCGGAUACAUUCAAACGUCAAAUACCCCAAUCUACAACCGCAAGUAUCCUGAAACAGGAUAUCCUAUCUCAUCUUACCCAUAAGAAGGGAAGUAGGAUUCAGAAGCAGACUGUUCCACGGGAUACACGAGGUCCACGAGAUCCACGAUCUCAAGAAUCAAAUUGGCCUCUGCUUGAUUUAGCCCUAUUUGAAUGGCAGCAACGGCUUCAAUCCCAUUAUAACUUUCCUGUCUCUGGUGAUAUGUUAAGGAAGCAAGGCCAGGCGAUUUGGAAUGAUCAAAAGGCGCCUUCUUUUAGCAGAGGGUGGUUAGACAGGUUUCAAAAACGAUAUGACCAUCGAUCCGUGAUUAAGCAUGGUCUAAUUGUUUCUAUCCCAACUGAUGCUGAUUAUCAGAUGGAACAUGUUUGGUUGAUGGAAUAUGUUCAUUUGAUCGCUAAACAAUAUGACUCUGCGGUAUUGGCAGGGUUGGAGCGGUUACCAAUUACUCUUCAACAGGGUUUAAAGUUGGGGGGAGGAUUUCUUACGUUUCAUGGAAUCUCAGAAAUUUACUAA